GCUUUUAUUUUGACAGGCGAGCGGAAGUGACACCCGGAAGUGAUGGCUGUAAACUGAAGUUGAGUUUGUUGACGUUGGCAGAAUCCGGCCGCUGCGUCCACGGAGUGUGAGUCCACUGAACAGCGCUGCUCCACCAGAACUUCUGUGUUCCGAUCACCGUGUGUGACUGGACUUUGUGCUGUUCACGUGUGUUCUGGGUGAUUCUCCUCUGACGAGUCAACAAGGCUACACACGUUAGCUUAGCAUGCUAGCUGUGAACAGAGCGAGUGUGUGAUGGAGAGCAGACGGUGUUUGUGACGGAGUUCGUGUGGAGACAAAGUUCGUGUGACUGUGUGAAAAUGUCUAAAGUCCAAAUGCUGAGCUUGUUGGUGAAGCAGCGGCUGACUGCGGCUGCUGAAGAGAUAUCUGGGCUGUUUGAAAGAACGAUAGCAGAGUACGAGGAGGAACUGUGUCGUUCACAAGAGGAGAACGAGCGACAACGGAAACUACUGGACGCUGUUAAGGCCCAGUUACACAGAGCAGAGCAUCCUGCAGAUGUCCAGCAGCUGUCGGUGAGUAAAGCAGAGGUUCCCCCUGAGCAGCAGGAGUGCAGCUCCAGUCUGGAUCAGGAGGAACCAGAACCCACACACAUUAAAGAGGAACAGGAGGAAUUCUGGACCAAUCAGGAGGAGGAUGAUGUCACCAGGUUCACCUUCACUUUGAAGAGUGAAGACGAAGAUGACAAUGAAGGAAAACCUCAGUCCUCACAGCUCCGUCAAAGACAGACUGAACAGGUGGAGACAGAAGCUGAUGGAGCAGACUGUGGAGAACCAGAACCAGCCUGGACUUCAGAUCAACUUCCACAGCCUGAGACUGACGAUACUGAUGACUCUUCUGAACCUGAGACUGAAAACAGAAGGGAGAGCAGAAAACCUCCGUCAGGACUGAACUCUUUGACAAAGCAACGUGCUGUCAGUAACAUGAAGUGUAAAACUGGCAAGAAACCAUUUCGCUGCUCCGAAUGUGGUAAAAUAUUUUGUGGAAAGUCGAGUCUGAAGACACACAUGAGGAUGCACACAGGAGAGAAACCCUACAGCUGCACUCUGUGUGAUAAAAGCUUCACUCAGAAAGGAGGCCUAGACUACCACCAGAGGACUCACACCGGGGAGAAACCCUUCAGCUGCACAGUUUGUGGUAAAGGUUUCAGCUGUAAGAACACUCUGCAGAACCACCUGAAGAACCACACGGGAGAGAAACCGUACCGCUGCUCUCACUGUGAUAAAUGUUACUUAUGGAACGCAGAUUUACAGAUUCACAUGAGAACCCACACAGGAGAGAAACCCUUCACCUGCGCCAUCUGCAACAAGAGCUUCUACGUCAAAGAACACCUGAGCAGACACAUUAAGUACCACACAGGGGAGAAACCCUUCAGCUGCUCCAUCUGCGGGAAAGGCUGCGCUGAAAAAACAGAUCUGAAGAAACAUAUGAGAGUCCACACGGGAGAGAAACCCUUCAGCUGUCCCUUCUGUGGGAAGUGCUGCGCUGAGAAAGGAGACCUGACCAAACACAUGAGAGUUCACACGGGAGAGAAACCCUUCAGCUGCAACAUCUGUGGGAAGAGUUGUGCCCAGAAGGGAAGUCUGAAGAUCCACAUGAGAACCCACACAGGGGAGAAACCCUUCACCUGCGACGUUUGUAACGAGAGGUUCACCUGGAGGUAUCAGUUCAAGAACCACGUGUGUGGUGGAGAGUCCUCAGUGUCAGUGGAUCAUAACACACCUACAUCUGCAGGAACUGGUACAUGACCCGAUUCUGACGUUGUUAAUGGGUCGACUGAAGCCCUGCUGAUAGAUCUAAACAAUUUAUAGAAGUCCUGAGAGUGAAGGCUGCUGGUGAAACAUUUUCAGAGUCUGAUUGAAAAUAUUUUCUCUCCUGAUGUGUGUGGUCUUAACGCUGUUUUCUGUUGUUUUGUUUUUUAUGUUUGAAUCAAAUCAUUUUAUUCUCCGAGAGUCACUUUCCCUGAGAGCUUCUGCAGCGUCUCGUCAGACCGACUCGCAGCUGAUCAUUUAAAAAUGUGUCAUACACACACACACACACACAGUCCUCCCACCCCACCUGUGUGUGUGUGUGUGUGUGUGUUAGCUGCUGUAAUUAGCAUGUGUUAUCUGUCAGUGGCUGCUGGGAGCUGAAUGUCAUCCCGUCUCUGAUCCUCGGUGAUAAACUCCAUCCGUCUGAUCGAUGCUCAAAUGAAAUGCUCUCUGAAUCAGACACAGUUCGUCUCUGAUUGGACAAUCACGCUGAUGGAAACACACGAUGCAGCUCAUUAGGUGACAAACGGAGUAAAAAGAAGAAAAACAGCGUGAUGACGUGUCGCCUGCUGAUGUCUGCUGUCGUCAGCGUCCGUGUUAAUAAAGGUUGAUGAGGCGACAUGCUGCUGCUGUCCGAUCGGUUCUGGCAGACAUGAGGCCCGUGGGCCUCAGGGCUGAUCAGGAGGACUGAUCGAUCGGGGAUGAUUGAUGAUGGUGUUUCUUUCCGUGUGUCUUCACUGGAGAUAUUUUUAGUUUGGCGCUGUGACAGGAAGUUCAGAGUGGAACUGAACAGAGUUGUUGGACUGUAAGUGUGUUUAUUCAGCCUGAUACUUUCACUCAUUUUACUACAUUAAUCUGACAGCAGAGUUACUUUUAGAUGAUUACUUCUCUGUCCAGUGGAAACUUUUAUCUCCAGACACUCCUGAUGCUGAAUGUUUGAAGGACAAAGUGUUUUUUUUCUGUGUUCAGAAAAUUUUCCUUCCUCAGCAAAAUAAACUUUUUAAAGGUU